UGGCGGACGCUCGAAGAAGAAGAAAAACUCAUGUUUGUGUGUAGCAACAAGACAGUCUUGUAACUUGGAAUUAUGAGCGCUAAUUUAUUGUGGAAGACGCGAAUUUUGAGCUGUAAGAGAUGUUUAGUGCUUCAGUUAAGUUUUCAGGCUACUAAACAGCACAUAAGGAUAUUUAGCAAUGUAAGUCCUUCAAAGAGCAACAUUGACACCGCAGGGGGAGGGGGUGGAGACAGAGAAGAUAAUGUUAAGUUUGAGAAGUAUGCGUAUGGUAUGGACCAGUUCAGCAAGAAAGACAAGAAUGCUCCUGGGUUAUUUCACCUUCCUACGAUUCACUUACCUAAACAACUGGAUACCAAUCUUAAAGAGUACCUGAAGAGGUAUCCAAGGAAGAUGCUUGAAAAUGAUGGCCGUAAACUCAGUAAACACUUGAGGAACAGGGGAAGACCAACUGAGAUGACUUGGAAAAAAUAUAAAGAAAGUAAAGCAUCUAAGAGGCUAAAAGAUUCAGCUGCUAACAUAGAUGAGAUUAUGAAGCUAAAAUCAGAGCAAGAAAACAGUCAAGUUACUAUAGCAGGUGAUGAAUAUGACUUAGAUGAAGAUGAUGCUGAAGUACAGAAUAAAAAUCUAGCAUCAGACGAGGAUAAUCAGGGUGAUGAAGACACUUCUGCUGAACAAGUUUCAGAAAAGAGAAUGAUUCUUAAUACAAAAAAGCCAAGAAAUGAAGAGUAUAAAGUAAUCAGGUAUGAUGUAAGAGAGAGUACAGCUUUUGGUGCCAGUCGUAUUCCAGCCAGUUAUGGAGCAACUCUCAGGGUUAUUCAUGAGAUCUCAAGAAGAGAACCUGAUUACAAGCCUGAAACUCUUAUGGACUUUGGCUCUGGAACUGGAACAGUUUUAUGGGCUGCACAUGAGAAAUGGGGAGACUCUAUUAAAGAAUAUCAAUGUAUUGAUGUAUCAGAACCCAUGAACACUUUAUCAGAGUUUCUUCUAAGAGGUGGAGAAAGCUACAAAAAACCACUUCACAUACCUCAUGUGUAUUACAAAAGGUUUCUACCAGUUUCAAACAAGGUGACAUAUGAUGUUGUUAUAGCUUCUUACACUCUUAGUGAAAUCCCUCAUCUUGCCAUGAGAAGAGAAGCUAUCAAAAGUCUCUGGGCAAAAACAAAUGACUUUCUUGUACUUAUAGAGUAUGGUAAUAAUGAAGGCUUUGAACUAUUAUUACAAGCAAGACAAAUGAUAGAAAAGGAUCAGAAUAUUGUUAAUGAGAACAGAAAUGAUGGAACAGAAACAGAAUCAUCAAAGCAAGGACAAGAAACACCAUUUGAAGAUGACAUUAUCGAUGAAGGGUUUGUCUUUGCUCCAUGUCCACAUGACCAACACUGCCCAAGGGCUGACAUAGAGACAAGAGACCAUCCAUGCAACUUUGAACAACAAGUACAGCUCUCACUUGCUGAGAAAAGAACCAGCCUGAAGAAGUGGGGGUUUGUAACAGAAUGCUUCUCUUACCUGGUGCUGAAGAAAGGAAGAAGGGAGGAAUCAGAUAAAUCAUGGCCAAGAAUACUGGAGCCUAUCAAAUUAAAAAGAAGGCAUCUUAUUUGCAAGAUCUGUUCAAGUAAUGGUGAAUUGCAGCAAAAGACGUUGACCAAGAAAAAAGACAGUGAUAUUUACAAGUGCGUGAGGCACCUCAAUAAAUGGGGAGAUCUACUAGCAAUGCCACAAGAUAGAGUUCGCCCUCUGAAAAACCCAGAAAGAACUACAACAAGGAGAGGGAAACCAAGAAAAUAAUGGACGAUCCUUCAAGACUUGCCAAAGAUGUGGAUAUUUCCUCAGACUAGUUAUUUUUCAUAUUUCUGGAAAUCAUCCAACACUAGACAGGAUAUGCUCUUCUCUAUGUUUGGCUUCCAUCCAAAAAAACAAUUUUAUUUGAAUGACAAAUUCCAAAUAUGAUAAUGGCUAGAAGAAAACAUGAAUUUGAAGCAAAUUUUGUAUCCAACUGGUUUUUCAUGCUACAGCACUUUCCAAUCACACUACUCAAAAUCAUACACUUUGCCUUAACAACAAAGAAGGUUUUGGUGGCAUCAAUCUUAAUGCUUCCAUUACAUUCUAUAACUCCAUGUCUUUUCUAACAAUGCCAUGGAAAUACUUUCACAUCAACCAUAGAGCAGUUUUCGUAUGACUGUGGAAAGUGCAGUGUCAUAAGCGUGCAGUGCCUUAAUGGUGAGUUUUUAGAAUUUUAAUUGGCUGAUUUUCCGGGUAUUCGAUUGGAUGGAGAAUAAAUUCUCACACAAAGUGAUUGGUCUUGCGUACACCUUGCCGUGUCACGACUGUGUUCGUGCCGUGAAGAUUUCAGUCAUACGAAAACUGCUCUAAGCAACUUCGUCUCCAUGGAAAACCGUAUUAUUUAUCACUUAAAUUGGAAAGCACUGUAAGUAAUAGAAUGAGAACUAUCAUUAUAGUCCACAUGACUUAGAAAGUUUAUAAGUCACAUGGAUAUCAAACACAAAUAGAAAAGUGUACUGAAAUGUUUAAUUGAUUGUGAACGUUUUUACAAGCAUGAAGUUUUGAUUUCACGUUAUAAAACAAUUGGGAUACUACGCGCGCUAUGAUUGGUCGAAAACCAUGUUUGAUGAGAAUAUCAAAACACGCUAUCGUCAUUUUUAAUCUAUCGCGCGCGCUCAUUGGUCAGUUUGAAUAAGA